AAUAUAGUUGUGCACACACAGUAACGCGAUAACUGGAAACUCAGCUCUUCCUGACACAGACGAAUAGAACUUCCCGCCUCUCCCGUGAUGCAUUUCACCCGCAAUAUGGCGGCGCCCAGUGACAGGCAGAGCGCGCAGUCCUUCAGUGGCUUCCCGUUUAAGAUCCCGACUCUGAAACAAGAUGGGAAAGAGGCUGCCGGGGUCGGAGGAGGGGAUACGGCAGCUCCUAAGAAGCCUUGUCGGGCCUGUAUGGACUUCAAGAGCUGGAUGAGGCUGCAGAGGAGACAGGGCGCAGCGUCACAGGAAGCUGAGAUAGAAGACAAGGAACGCCCAGCAGAGUGUCCUUUGGAUCGGGAAGAGCUCGGAAGGAGCACCUGGUCUUUCCUGCAUACAAUGGCCGCUUAUUAUCCGGAUCAGCCGACUAACCAACAGCAGCAGGAAAUGAGAAGCUUCAUAAACCUCUUUUCAAAGUUCUACCCUUGUGAUGAGUGCGCCGAAGACCUGAGAGAGAGACUGAGCAGUACCCAGCCGGACACAAGCAGCAGGCACAAGCUGUCCCAAUGGAUGUGUAUAUUACACAAUGACGUGAACAGAAAACUUGGCAAGGAAGCGUUUGACUGCUCUAAAGUGGAUGAGAGGUGGCGGGACGGAUGGAGGGACGGCUCCUGCGAUUGAUGAAGGAAACCAUGGGCACAUACACUGAAUUCCCUGUUCUCUUAUAGGAAGGCUAAAUAUUUGCUGCUGGAAUAGUGACCUCUGUUGAAGCGGAGAUAAACGACAGGCAGCCUGUGGCUCUCCAGAUAAUGAACUACAACUCCCAGAAUCCCAUCAUCGGCGUCAGGAAGGCUGCUAUUAAUCUGAUCAUCAUCUUAACAUUGAUGUAGCACUUUGAUUAUACAGAAAUCUUAACAGGGUCUAAGUUGCAAGCAUUAUUGCAGUUCGGGUUAUGUAAACCUGUAAAAUUGUGUCCGAUAACAACAAGAGACCCCUGCCACAUCAUUGUGUGCAAUUGCUGCAGCUACCAGGUAAACUAAGCAGCCUGUCGUCAUUCUGUGCUUUUUUUUUAUUUUGUUGUUAUGGGUAAUAAUAUUAAUAAAGGGUUCUAAUAGUGGGGGUCACCCUCUUCAUUAGCGCACUUCCUGACGGAA